ACAUAAAUUAACUAACUCGUAAAAGAAGUAAAUGGUGCAAGUAACGCUAUGAUUUUAGUGUGUAUUCACCUACACUGUAGGGGAAUCUGGAACUGUGUUGUUUACAGAGCCGAGUUGUUGGUUGGGGUGUCAGACCACAGUACAUAAAUUGACACAAAGUGUUUAAAGCAGUCUCUCUUGGACAAGGAUUGAUUAAAUGCCUGGGUUGGAUUGGGUGUGCCAUCAACAGUCGGCUUAUUUUAGACUGUCAAUACUUGUGUUAAGUUGUGUUAUAUUCACCAUUUAUGACUAAGAAGUUGGUUGCGACUUGUGUAUAAGUGUGGACACCGUAUUCUAAAUCUAAAAGGAGAAUCGAAUAUAAUAAGAACUCUAGUAAAAUGGACGUCCAAGUCCAAAAGUUGGCUGAAAAACUGACAAUUCUUAACGACCGGGGGGUUGGAUUGCUUACCCGGUUGUAUAACAUCAAAAAGGCGUGUGGAGAUGCAAAAUCAAAACCCGGCUUCUUAUCGGAAAAAACUCUAGAGUCGUCAAUUAAACAUAUUAUCAAGAGGUUUCCCAACAUCGACAUUAAACAAGUACAAAAUAUUGGACACUAUCGGGCAGAGAUUAACAAGACGUUGCAGUUGUACUAUUAUACAUUUGUGGACUUGUUGGAUUUCAAGGACCACGUAUCCGAACUUUUUACAAUAAUGGACGCCUGUCAAGUAGAACUUGAUAUUACCCUAAACUUUGACUUGACCAAGGGAUAUUUGGACCUAGUUGUUACUUUUGUGACGUUAAUGGUUCUGCUCUCGCGUGUUGAAGAUCGUAAGGCUGUUCUGGGCCUGUUUCACGUAGCUCAUGAAAUGGCAAAUAACUCGCCUGACUCCAGUUUCCCAAGACUUGGACAGAUGAUUUUAGAGUAUGAUCCUCCCUUAAAAAAACUCUCGGACGAAUUUGGUCCACACAAUAAACUCCUCGUCCGUGCACUUAUUUCUCUGCAGAAUAUUUACCUCAGGAGAAAUUUGGAUGCUGAUACGUUGAGGAAAAAACAAAUGCUUAGUCUCACCGCCCAACCAGGAUAUUUGCUGAUCCCAGCAAGGACGGAUACAACUCCGUGCGAAUAUUUAUCCCUGGAUUUGAUGGAACGAUGGAUAAUUUUUGGGUUUCUCCUCUGUCAUCACGUUCUAAAUUCUCAACAAUCGCCGGCGGAUGAAAUGUGGCUGUCAGCAUUGCGGUCGUCCUGGGUGGUGACGUUGUUCCGGGAUGAGGUUCUCCACACCCAUUCUUAUGUUAUUGGUUUCUUCGACACGAUCAAGGGAUACAAUAAGAGAAUUUCGGAAGUGAAGGACGCGUACACUUAUGCUGUUCAGAAUGCAGCGUUGAUGCACCGUGAGAGGAGAAAAUUUUAUCGGACCGCAUUAAAAGAGAUGGCACUCAUCAUGACCGAUCAACCAGGACUGUUGGGACCCAAGGCUCUGUAUGUCUUUAUGGGAUUGUGUUACGCCAGAGAUGAAGUGGUUUGGCUUAUCCGGCAUCAUGAUAACCCUCCCCAGCACAAAGGCAAGUCUAAAGCGACGGAAGAUCUGACGGAUAGACAACUUCCAGAGUUACUCUUUCACAUGGAGGAACUACGUGCACUGGUACGAAAGUACAGUCAAGUAAUUCAACGGUAUUACGUCCAGUAUUUAUCAUGCUAUGAUGGACCCGCAUUGGGACAACUUUUACCCAAUUUUGCAAAAUUGGAAACCGAAUCAAUGAUAUUGGGGUCCAUUUACAACACAAUUUCCAGCUUAUCUGUUAAACAAGUUGAAGACAACGAAAUAUUUGACUUCCGGGGUCUGAGGUUAGACUGGUACAGAUUGCAGUCAUUCCUUGCGCACUCUGUAGGUCGAAUUCAAGGGCUAUCCUAUCUAAUGAACACGACCGUUUUUCACCUCAAGUUGGUUGACUAUCAAGAUGAAUUAUUGCUAGAAACAUCGGACCUGUCCCUUUUAUGUUUUUAUAAUCGGAUAUUUGAAGACCAGUUUCAUAUGUGUUUGGAAUUUCCUGCUCAAAACCGAUAUAUUGUUUCAUUCCCACUGAUAUGCAGUCACUUCCAAAAUUGCACGCAUGAAAUGUGUCCAGAAGAGCGUCACCAUAUUCGAGAGCGCAGUUUAUCUGUGGUUAAUGUGUUUCUGGAGGAAAUGGCAAAGGAAGCUAAAAAUAUUAUCACGACAAUAUGUGACGAGCAAUGCACCCUUACUGACAAGUUACUUCCAAAGCAUUGUGCAUCCCUGAUUGAGCAACAUCUACACCGGAAAAAAGGGAAAGAUACUGCCAAAAGGAAACUACUGGCUGAAGUCUGUAGACCUGGAAUUGAGAGUUUCCGGAAAACGAGGGAAGAUCUAACCACAAUGGAUAAGCUACAUAUGGCAUUGACCGAGCUAUGCUAUGCUAUAAAUUAUUGUCCUUCUAUUUCUGUCUGGGAGUAUACUUUCGCUCCGAAGGAAUAUCUUCACCAGCACCUGGAAAGUCGGUUUGCCAAAGCUUUGGUGGGGAUGGUGAUGUACAAUGCAGAAACUAACGAAAUUGCAAAACCAUCAGAACUUCUUGCCAGUGUCCGAACGUACAUGAAUGUUCUUCAAACAGCUGAAAAUUAUGUUCACUUGGAUAUGACCAGAGUGUUUAACAACGUCCUGCUUCAACAGACUCAGCAACAAGACUCUCACGGAGAUAAAACCGUAGCAGCCUUGUAUCAGCAAUGGUACACUGAAAUAUUGCUUCGAAGGGUGAGCACGGGAAUCAUAACAUUUUCCCCAAAUCAGCGAGCGUUCGUCAGUCUUACUGCCGAAGGGGCGUUGCCAUUUAGUGCGGAAGAAUUUACAGAUGUCACGGAACUACGGGCUUUGGCCGAGCUGAUUGGUCCAUAUGGGAUGAAACAUAUGAAUGAGACCCUCAUGUGGCAAAUUACAAGCCAACUGACGGAAUUAAAGAAAAUGGUGGCCACAAACAAAGAAACACUGAUGGCUCUAAGAACAAAUUUUGAUAAGCCAGAAUUGAUGAAGGAACUUUCACGAAAAUUAUCAAAUGCUGAAAACGUAUUGUCAAGAAUGACAAUCAUCGGAAUGAUUCUGAGAUUUCAACAGUUAACACAAGAAGCAAUGCAUGACGUUUUGAUAGAUCGGAUACCAUUUUUGUUAUCAUCCAUACUGGAUUUCCAUGAGCACGCUCCAAAUGGAGAGUCAAUGAACGUGGCGGAAAUGGCAUCUGCAGCAGGCAUCCCACAAAAAAUUGACCCGACUUUGGUCCAAACUCUUCGUCUGCAGAAAAAUGACGGAAAUGAAGAAGAAUAUGCGCUCUCAUGUCUGCUGAUGGUAUUUGUUGCCGUUUCAAUUCCAAAACUGGCAAGACAAGAUGCUUCAGUGUACCGAGCCUCUUUGGAAGCUCAUUCGAAUAACAUUCACUGCCUGGCUGCCGCAGUAAACUCAAUUUUCGGUGCCUUGUUUACAAUAUAUGGACAAAAUGAUGUGGAAGAUCGUCUCAAGGAGUUUCUUGCGUUGGCCUCCUCAAGUUUACUGCGCCUGGGUCAAGAAGAGGAAAAGGAGGCUGUGAAAAACAGAGAAUCCGUUUACCUGCUAUUGGACAUGAUUGUCCAAGAAUCUCCAUUUUUGACCUACGACCUCCUGGAAUCAUGCUUCCCAUUUGCACUCAUUCGUAACGCCUUCCAUGCUGUUUACAAGCAAGAACAUUCCCAGGGGAUGUAAUUCCAAGAUAAUGUUUCCUCUAUCUAGGACGUAAUUCUCUUAAUUCUUAUCCUUUAAGAAGAAUUGAAUGCAUUGCAUUGUCCGGGAAGCACAACACUAUGUUGUUGUUUUGUUACCUACACGAUUCCAUACACAUUUGUUCUUUAGCUCAUACUGCUGUCUCUGAUACCUGCUGUUGACAUACUUCCAUAGUAGCUUUUUAGGGUUUGUACAACUUUCAUACGCAUUUUUACCCACAAUUUUCUACUAAUGUGAAAAAAUAUCUUGACGCUUUACUUAUCGAAACUACGUUACGUUAUGUUUAAAAUGCCAGAUUUUAAUGCCCUUUCAGCAUUUUACAAAAUGAUAAUUUUUGGAAUGACCCCCAUUGGUCAUCCACUGGUCCAUCUCCAAACUCAUUCAAGGCCUUGUGGAGAUACACAUUUUAACAAGAAGUUGGUUAAAAUCGGUUCAGUGGUCCGUCAGGUUGCGGACACGCAAGAAAUAUGAUUUAAUACGCCAUGACUUGGGCUAAAAAUAGAAGAAAAUUCUAUCAAAAUCGUUUGAAAAGGUUGGAAGGUAGCGAGGUAGUCAUUCAAUGUGACGACGCAAGUGAACUAUCGCCACUGGGGGCUUCUACUAUACAAUGAUGCACACUAAAGUACGCAUCAUAUGAAUAUCGAAAUUCUAGAAGGCAAUACAACUUCGGUAUAACUCCUCCCUACCCUAAUGAUCGGUUAAUCUAGACUUCAGUAACUGCUAUUAACUUCAGAGGGGGGCUCGUUGGGUUACGUAAUUUCCAAAUCCUCCCUUACUUGAAAUUUAUGCAUAUUGUAAAAUUAUAUUUGUAACAUUAGAAGUAUAAUAUAUAUUAAUACAAGUAUAAUAUGUUUGCAUGCAAAUUGUUUAGAUAGCUACAAUGACGAUACAGUUCAAAGCUUGUUGACCAUUUUUUAUUAUUAUCUAGAUAAUGUUUUUUACUAAAUGUAAAUACAUAGUUCAGAACAUGAACUAGUCGCCCGUGUAGUGCAUAGGUAGGUAGUUUAAAAAUGACAUUAUAAUGACAAAAUUAAUAAACUAAUUUUUUGAACUCUAA